AUGGCGGACUCUCAGCAACAGAAUGAAUACUCUAAAAGCUUAUUUGCAAACAAUUUGAAAGGCUUGGAUGCAUAUUCACGCCAUAAAAAGUUUAUGAACGAUUAUGUUAACUUUUACGGUCGAAAGAACAAUCAGGGAACUAAUUCUAAUGCAGAGAAGCAAUACAAAAGUGAAUUUGAUAUAUUGAAAGAGAAUCAUAAAUUUCUUCGUUCUGAAGAAGAUGAAUCGGAAUUAACCUGGGAACAACGGCUUGCCAAAAAGUAUUAUGAUAAAUUGUUUAAAGAAUAUUGCAUAACAGAAUUAAAAUAUUAUAAAGAGGGCAAGAUUGCAUUACGAUGGAGAACCGAAAAAGAAGUUAUAAUAGGCAAAGGACAAUUAACUUGCGCUUCAACAAGAUGUUCUGAAAAAGUUGAUUUAAAAUCUUGGGAAGUUAAUUUUGCAUAUGUAGAAGAUGAUCAAAAGAAAAAUGCAUUAGUAAAGAUUCGACUUUGUCCCAAUUGCUCUUACAAAUUAAAUUAUAAUAAAAUUCACCAAGAAGUGAACAAGGAAGAAACAUCAGAGAUUGGAGAUGAUGAACAGAAUAAGCAUGAAAACCGAAAAAGGAAAUCUUAUGAUAGUGAUCAAGAACGAGAUUUCAAGAACGAAAGUAGGCAGGGUGUAGCUGAUGGCAAAAAAGCAAAAUUAGAAAUGGGUCAAGAAGGAGAGUUCGAUAAAUAUUUUGCCGGGUUAUUUGAUUAA